UAAACUUUUUACAAUCUUAAAACAAUUAAACAGAGCACAUAAUUUAAAAAAGAUAUAGGUUUGCUUAUCGCCGUUAAACGCAAUUUUCAAAACGGGCAAUAAACUACAAUUACACCCCUGCUUUUUGGUCCUGUCUCUAGGGAGAUACCAUUGUCGGACAUUGUCUAAGUAGUUUUCAUACAUUAAGCAAGGGGUCCCAAAAUAUGCUUCUAAAUAAAACGCUUGGCAUUUGAAUCUGUUAGGAGCAUCUGUCAUUUUAAUAUUUAAUAAUAUAACCCUCCCCAACAGCGGUACUGCGAUUGUGUCGUUUCCGGUUUGCAUAAGUCGGUUUAAAAUAAAAGGCACCUACCGUCGGCCCCCGGAGAGAGCAAAUGGUACAGUCAUUAAUGGAUGCUGCAUUCAUGAGAGCUGCUGCUCUGCUCCAGUGAAGAUGAGUGAGCUCAUGGACUGCCCCCUGCAGUUCCACGACUUCAAGCCAGUGGACCAUGGCAAGGUGUGCCCGCGGUACACGGCCGUGUUGGGCCGGUCCGAGGACGAUGGCAUCGGCAUUGAGGAGCUGGAUACCAUGCAGCUGGAGCUGGAGACACUGCUGUCCUCCGCAAGCAGGAGGCUCCGAGUGCUGGAGGCAGAGACACAGAUCCUGACGGACUGGCAGGACAAGAAGGGCGAUAAGCGCUUCCUGAAGCUGGGCAAGGACGCGGAGCUGGGCACGCCCACCAAGCACGGCAAGCCCAAGAAGCAGCGGCUGGACGGCAAGGGCAGCCACGGGACAGGGCCCGGCCCCGGCAGGCCCAAAUCCAAGAACCUGCAGCCCAAGAUCCAGGAGUACGAGUUCACAGAGGAGCCACUCGACGCACCGCGCAUCCCCAAGAACGACGCCCCCAACAGGUUCUGGGCGUCGGUGGAGCCGUACUGCGCUGACAUCACCAGCGAGGAGAUCCGCGUUCUGGAGGAGCUGCUGAAACCACCCGAGGAUGAGGCAGAGUAUUACAAGGUGCCUCCGCUGGGGAAGCACUACUCGAUGCGCUGGGCUCAGGAGGACCUGCUGGAGGAGCAGAAGGAUGGAGCCCGUGCCGCCGCCGACAGGAAGAAAGGCAUACUGGGAGCACUGUCCGAGCUCGACUCCAAGGACGUGGACUUCAUGCUGAAAAAGUCAGAGUCUCAGCACGAGCAGCCAGAGGACGGCACACCCUUCGGCCCCCUGACACAGCGCCUCCUGCAGGCCUUAGUGGAGGAGAACAUUAUCUCCCCCAUGGAGGACUCCCCCAUCCCCGAGGUGUCUGGGAAGGACUUGGGGGCCGAUGGGGCCAGCACCUCCCCCCGCAGCCAGGGCAAGGCAUUCAGCGUGCCCCACACAAAGUCCCUGGAGGCGCGGAUCAAGGAGGAGCUGGUCUCUCAGGGGCUGCUGGAGUCGGAAGACCGGCCGGCAGAGGACUCGGAGGACGAGGUGCUGGCUGAGCUGCACAAGAGACAGGCGGAGCUGAAAGCACUGAGCGCACACAACCGGGCCAGGAAACAAGAGCUGCUGAGGCUGGGCAGGGAGGAGACGAAGCGUCAGGAGCUGAGGCAGAGGGUGCGCGUCUCCGAUAACGAGGUGAUGGACGCCUUCCGCAAGAUCAUGGCGGCGAGACAGAAGAAGCGCACGCCCACCAAGAAGGAGAAGGACCAGGCCUGGAAAGCACUGAAGGAGAGGGAGAGCAUCCUGAAACUGCUCGAUGGGUAGAGACUCCCUCCCCUACUCCCUACCCACUACCACCUACCAUCUACCAUUCAUAGACUCAACGAGAGAGCAUCCUGAAACUGCUCGAUGGGUAGAGACUCCCUCCCCUACUCCCUACCCACUACCACCUACCAUCUACCAUUCAUAGACUCAACGAGAGAGCAUCCUGAAACUGCUCGAUGGGUAGAGACUCCCUCCCCUACUCCCUACCCACUACCACCUACCACCUACCAUUCAUAGACUCAACAAGAGAGCAUCCUGAAACUGCUCGAUGGGUAGAGACUCCCUCCCCUACUCCCUACCCACUACCACCUACCACCUACCAUUCAUAGACUCAACAAGAGAGCAUCCUGAAACUGCUCGAUGGGUAGAGACUCCCUCCCCUACUCCCUACCUACUACCACCUACCAUCUACCAUUCAUAGACGCAACAAGAGAGCAUCCUGAAACUGCUCGAUGGGUAGAGACUCCCUCCCCUACUCCCUACCCACUACCACCGACCAUCUACCAUUCAUAGACUCAACAAGAGAGCAUCCUGAAACUGCUUGAUGGGUAGAGACUCCCUCCCCUACUCCCUACCCACUACCACCGACCAUCUACCAUUCAUAGACUCAACAAGAGAGCAUCCUGAAACUGCUUCAUGAGUAGAGACUCCCUCCCCUACCACCUACCCACUCCCAUUCAUAGACUCAGCAAGUGGGUGGGUAGAGACCAGCAGAGACACCCUCCCUUACCCCUUACCCUUCAUAGGCUCAGAUCCGUAGAGCAUCCUCCCAGUGUUUGAAGGGCAGGGAGGGGAGAGGCUACAGACUGAUCACUCCACACAGUGAGCAGCUAGCUUUCCCAAGUGCAUGGGUUUUUAUAAUCAACUCAACCCUGUCAAUGACUACCCCUGUCUGUUCACCUGGUGUUACUGUUGUGCCAUGUAGGGGUCGGCUGAGGAGAGUCUCUUCUGUGACCGAGUGUGAAAUCUGACAUUUUGUUUUGUUUUUAAACUGAGAGCCUGAAAUUGUAAUAUUUCAUCUGUACCAGCAGCUGUGAUUUUAACUGAGAUGUUUUUGUAAAACCAGGAUUGAUUUCCAAAAGACCAGUUAAAAAAAAAAAACACAUCCUGAUGCAUAGUGUCCGUGUGCGUGUGCGUGUGCAUCGAGGUGCUGCUGCCUUCACGUUGGUUUUGUUUGGGGGGGGUGUGUUUGUUGUAGAAGAUUGUUUAACUCUUUACAGGAGUGCUAACCACAAGGCUUUCGAUUCUGUAACUUCUCCCUUCAGCCUCAUUGCUGCUUCCACAUGCAUGGAGAGGAAGACGUCGGCGCUGUUAUUUUGUUUUGUUAACGUGUUUAUUUCAUAACAGGAAGAUCUUUCAAAAUGUCAGAAAAAACUAAAUGGCUGCUUCCAGCUCCGGACUAACUUCCUGUGUUGUAGGUCACUUGGUCGGAUUGCCGUUUAUACUGUUGAAGUGAAUUUGACGUAAUUUGUUACUUUGCAGAAGGACUUUAAUUUUUGCAACAUUGUAUUUAAAAAAAACAAUUCUGAUUCCCCCCCCCCCCCCCCCCCUUUAAAAAAAAAAAAAAAAAAAAAAACCUGAAACUGAUGAGAGAAGCGGGGACCACUGAUAAUGUUGUGUUGGCUUAUGCUAGCCAAGAAUUCUUUUUUUUUUUUUUUUUUAAAUUCUGGUUUAACACAAGCUCCAAGCAUUGGCUACCUAUUUAUACUAGUUUCCCCACAGUAAAUGCAUUGUGUAAUAAAGCCCAGGUAAGCUUUGUAAACCCGGUUAAACUAUGGCAAAUACAGAACCAUGGGAAAACCUCACGCACACAGUGGUACCCUUGGAAUCCCACUGAAUGAAUGAUCUGUUAUCACAUGCAAACUGUCAAUAAAGGGUUGAAGAAGA